AUUUUCAUCAUAUUCCCUCGAUUUGAUCGUCACCUCUCUAUUUGUAUGUUCACUCUUCUACACAGAAUCAACCAUUUCUCCUUCUCUCACUCUCUCUCAUUUAUUCUAACGCAAAGCUUCAUUCGCCUUGUAUUCACAGAUGGCUUCUUCAUUGCUACAUAUCACCUCUUCUGUGUCUGCUUCAGCUUCUUCGCUGCAGCACCGCAAGAACGAGUUGAUGUUUUCUACCUUUGAUCAAACCGGUUACCUUAAGAAGGAUAAUAGAAAUUUAUUUAUGAGGACUAAGUCAAAUGGUAGAAUAUCUAUGAGUGUUGCAGUCAAUGUUUCUCGUUUUGAUGGAGUUACAAUGGCACCUCCUGAUCCAAUUCUUGGAGUCUCUGAUGCAUUUAGAGCAGAUACAGAUGUUAAGAAGCUCAACCUUGGCGUUGGAGCCUACAGAACAGAGGAUCUGCAACCUUAUGUCCUUAAUGUUGUUAAGAAGGCUGAACAUCUUAUGCUAGAAAAAGGGGUUAACAAAGAGUAUCUUCCAAUUGAAGGUUUAGCUGAAUUCAACAAGGUUACAGCAGAGCUACUGUUUGGAGCAGAUAAUGAAGUUAUUCAACAACAAAGAGUUGCUACUGUUCAAGGUCUUUCAGGCACUGGUUCUCUGAGGCUUGCUGCUGCAUUUAUUGAACGAUAUUUCCCUGGGGCAAAAGUACUGAUAUCAUCACCAACCUGGGGUAAUCACAAGAAUAUUUUCAAUGAUGCUAGAGUUCCUUGGUCGGAAUAUCGGUAUUAUGACCCCAAAACAGUUGGAUUAGAUUUUGAUGGGAUGGUAUCAGACAUAAAGUCAGCUCCUGAAGGAUCUUUCAUACUACUUCAUGGGUGUGCUCAUAAUCCAACUGGCAUUGAUCCAACUCCUGAACAAUGGAAUAAAAUUGCUGAUGUCAUUGAAGAGAAGGGCCACAUUCCAUUCUUUGAUGUCGCCUACCAGGGAUUCGCAAGCGGAAGUCUUGACGCUGAUGCAUCAUCCGUGAGAUCGUUUGCUGCACGUGGUUUGGAGCUCUUUGUCGCUCAAUCAUACAGCAAAAAUCUCGGUCUUUAUGCUGAGAGGAUUGGAGCAAUCAAUGUUGUCUGCUCCUCAUCUGAUGCAGCAGUAAGGGUGAAGAGUCAAUUGAAAAGAAUUGCAAGACCUAUGUAUUCGAAUCCUCCCGUUCACGGAGCUAGGAUUGUCGCGAAUGUGGUGGGAGAUCCAACUCUGUUCAAUGAGUGGAAAGAGGAGAUGGAGUUGAUGGCAGGCAGAAUCAAGAACGUGCGAAAAGAGUUAUACGACAGUCUUUGUGCUAAGGAUAAGAGUGGGAAAGAUUGGUCAUUUAUUCUUAAGCAGAUUGGUAUGUUCUCCUUUACUGGUCUAAACAAAGCUCAAAGCGAUAACAUGACAGAUAAGUGGCACAUAUACAUGACAAAAGAUGGCAGAUUGUCUUUGGCUGGUUUAUCUUCAGCAAAGUGCGAAUAUCUUGCAGAUGCAAUCAUCGAUUCGUAUCACAAUGUCAAGUGAUCUUUCUGGUCUGAUGAGCCAAUUCAUAUAUUGAAAUGUACUGUUUAUUUGUGUACUGAAAAUGGUUAAAGCUUGAGCUAUAAAACUUCUAAUAAGGCACAUUUUACCUGCAUUUUUUUUUGCCAUGGAAGGAACUUGGUCUCCUUUUAACAGAAUUUGACAAUUGUACUUUAUAUAUAUAUAUAUAUAUUAUUGUCUAAUAAUGGUCUUACUAAUAAAACCUCUCUUGAUUUUUAUGGUAAA